UGGAACGGGAGUUAACGGUGACCCGCGGCGGAGUCAGCGCUGUUUAAACGGCGCGUAACGCUUCCUGGUAAAUUAGCGGUCGACGACCAGAGGCCGACUGGUGCCGCUCGUCGUGACCGCACGGGGGGGAUUACGGAACACCAAUUGACCCGGAGGGAUUUUAUUUCCCGCAACACCGAAGACACCAGUUAAAAUGUUUACUGGGUGUAGUUAUGUCAUCGAGUUGUGAAAACGCGAUUUGCCGCAUAUCCAUCCACUGGCUGUGCAGCAGGAGCCCUCAUGACAGGUGCACACGGCCGCUGCAGCUCCGACGGGCUGGAGCUCACAGCUCCACUGCGUUCGAUCCCAAAUGAAUGGGCCCCGAGCUCCUCAGUGAGUUCGACCCCCCCACUGGGAUGAUCAGUGUGACAGAGGAAAGUGUCCCAGAGAAGAGAGUGAUGCUCAGCCUGCCCCACGGUGAACCCCGGUGCUGCCUCUCCUCUCUCAGACCAGCCUCUCAAACAGUGUGUGUGUGUGUGUGUGUGUGUGUGUGUGUGUGUGUGUGUGUGUGUUUGUGUUUGUGUGUGUGUGUGUGUGUGUGUGUGUGUGUGUGUGUGUGUGUGUGUGUGUGUGUGUGUGUGUGUGUGUGUGUGUGUGAGUGUGUGUGUGUGUGUGUGUGUGUGUGUGUGUGUGUGUGUGUGUGUGUGUGUGUGUGUGUGUGUGUGUGUGUGUGUGUCUGUCUGUGUGCGUGAGCACAAGUUGCCUGCAGAGUUGGCCUGUUAAAGAGCCCACAGCAGGCUGGACCACAGACAAGUGCUCCCAGGCUGUGUGCACAAACACACCCUCGGCCGCUGAGGUUGUGUGUCACAUAAUGUGAUAUGAAUUGAUUGUUACACCGGUGUUUAUUCGGCUGCCAGCACACAGCAUAUAAAAAGGUGGUUACCCUGCACCACUUGAAAGCCGAUCCACAUUACAGGGAUCCAGUGCGGCGGGCUGUUUCCCCAGUGAGCUGUCAGUGCAGAGCAGCAGCCUUCGAGGCAGGUCAGCGGCCUGCCGAGGUGUGAAGCCUGCCUUUUACUGGCUGCUCCUCUGAGGCGGCUCGAAGCCAUAAUGAGGCUGUGAUGUUGAGGGCCGCCUUGUGAAGAGCUGCUGCAUCUCAAUGUGUGUUUCCUCUCUGUGUGUGGGUUUGUUCGACUCGGCUGCUGUACAGAAAAGUGGUCCCUUCAGCUCGCUGUUCUCACAGUUCUGUUGCAGUUGGGUUGAGAGCCGCCAGUCGUCAUGGGGAACAUCUUCGGGAACCUGCUGAAGAGCCUGAUAGGCAAGAAGGAGAUGAGGAUCCUCAUGGUGGGGCUGGACGCUGCCGGGAAAACCACCAUCCUCUACAAGCUGAAGCUCGGGGAGAUCGUCACCACCAUCCCCACCAUCGGUUUCAAUGUAGAGACGGUGGAGUACAAGAACAUUAGCUUCACCGUGUGGGACGUUGGUGGCCAGGACAAGAUCCGUCCCCUGUGGAGGCACUACUUUCAGAACACCCAGGGGUUGAUCUUUGUGGUGGACAGCAACGACCGUGAGCGGGUGAAUGAAGCUCGGGAGGAGCUGAUGCGGAUGCUGGCGGAGGACGAGCUGCGGGAUGCCGUUCUUCUCAUCUUUGCUAACAAACAGGACCUGCCCAACGCCAUGAACGCUGCGGAGAUCACAGACAAGCUGGGCCUGCACUCCCUACGCCACCGCAACUGGUACAUCCAGGCCACCUGCGCCACCAGUGGGGACGGCCUCUACGAGGGCUUGGACUGGCUGGCCAAUCAGCUGAAGAACAAAAAGUGAAGGGUUCAAGUCAGUAAGAGUGGGGAAAGGGCCUGGGGACCAACUCCAGGUAGUGGUUCUAGUGGAUCCAUUGGGUUUACAUGGAGAGUCAAUGGAGACAAGUUCCCGGGGGGUAACUCUCAAUGGCUUUCCCCCCCUCAAAAUAAUUAGAUUAGAUUUUAUUUCUUUGCUUUGAUUCAUUUCAUUUGUUUGGAUCUGCGCUGAGCGUUUCUUAAUGACUUACACUCUAUAAGCUGAAUACAUAAAUAUCAGGAUGUAAUAGUAUAAUGUUACUGUGAAGGCGUAUAUGUAUUUCCCAUACUUGCAGUCUAUGGCCUAUGAGAUGAAUCUAGAUUCAUGAUGGAAGAGCAACCCUCCCUCAGAUACUUGACGUAAUCUAGGAUUGUCAUAAUUUCCUAAAAUUCUCUUGGGAUCACUAAAGUAUCUAUAUCUAUCUCUCUAUCUAUCUAUCUAUACAAUAUAGUGGGAUUACCAUUAUUAUCUCAGACUCAUUAUCGGAGUCACAUUAUCAGUUUCUGUCCAAACAGAUGUUUCACCCAUCACCAAAUUUAUAUCUUAAAUUUAAUUCCUUAAAACUAAAUCUGCUAACAUACUGGAAAGUCUUAAACAAUAUUUAUUUUUAUUUAUAUAUUUGUCAACAUUUAUUUAUUUAUUCACACGUUUAUUUAUGGUAAUCCAUCAUUUUUUUCCUCUCCCUUUAUUGCAAUGUGCAUUUAAUGGUAAGGCAGCUGGUUUAAAAAAAAAGAAAAGACAAAGAAGCCUCCGUAUCAAAUGUAUAAUACUGCUUCCCAAUGUGCAUGGAGAUAUCCCAGUAUUGGCUCCUGGGCUUGUGAGAGCUGUGAACUGCUGCAGGCCGCUGCUGUAAAUAAAGAUUUGUUCUUAAAUCCAACUUGCCAGGCUCAGUGAGGGUUAGAACGGUUUGUCUGGCGUCAGCUAGGUGCGACAGCCGAGCUGAUACAGAUGACAGGAGAGGCGCACUGUGCCAGCUCUGUGGCUUAGGGGGGGGUGAAUGGCUGCUAUUGGCCUGCAAGCAAUUGGCAGAGUGAUGCAGCAGAGCAUGUGAUUGGCAAUAUUAGAGAGCUUACAUGUUUUUUUUCGAAUGUGUCUUUUUUUUAAGAGUCGGUUUGUGCAAGCAGCGACACUAUAUCUGUCAGAAGAAGUCACACUGCUUGUCAUCCGUAUUUUAUUCACCUCUAAUUGGCGUGACAUCAUACGUGUUUCUUGUGUUGAUCCGUUAACCACGUUGCACAAAAUAACUCGUUAUUGUUGUACAAAAUGUAGAGUCAGAUAUUUUUUUUGUAUUUCUGGAUUGAGUAUUUAUUUAUUUUGGAGAAAGAGGCAAAGUGUUGACUUUAUUGUUGUUUUUAAUUAAUUUGCUAACUAGUUCAGACUGUCGUCUUUUUGAGUGUUCACAAAUCACAUCAUUUAACACUAACAGGAGAGAGGGUGAUAGUAAUAAUACUGCAUCAUAAGGCAUGUUUAUACUGUACAAGAUCUGUAAUAAAAGUGAAUUAUAAUAGCCUGUUUCCUCAGACUAUAUUUGUUAGUCUACAUUACUGCUGCUGGUUGGAACAACGCUGUACUGAUAAAUGUUAUGGAUAUUGUGUAAAGUUUACCGAACAACCUUCAUAUAUGCAAAAAAGCAUGCUUUUCUAUGUCAGCGCAACUGUAUAUAUGUUUAUGUAAAAAGAAAAGUAUAUCCUGGUGUUCGCGGUCAAAUGGAACGUGCUGUUGAUACACCCUGUAGAUAUUGGGUUCAGUGUGUUGGCAGAUAUGUUUAAAUGACAGCAGCUUGUGUGUGUGUGUGUGUUUGUGUGUGACGUGCCCUUGAUUACUAGUGUGGUGUGUAAAUUGUUUUAUGUGGCCUUAUUUUGCCAGUGGUUCAGUUCUCUUUGAUAACAGGUUCUGUAACACUCAUGGUACUGUUGUGGCUGAGCGUCCCUCUCCAAGUGGCUAUUGGCAAAUUUUAACUUUAAGAAAAAAAAAAGACUGCACAACAUUCCAGCUGAUAAUGUAGGCUCACAAAGGAAUGAAACUGAAAAUGAAUUUCAAUCCACUUAGUGAAAUCUGAUCAAGUGGAGGAAAAUAUAAAUAACAACACAAACUGGGGCAAAAGUGUUGAAUAGGAUGAUGAUUUCUGGCACUUCACCACCGAUCAGUCAAUAAAAAGACCAAACUUCAAAUUUG